CUCCAUUCGACUCACCCAGGUUCAGUACAUCACCAAAAUACUGGCCAAGUACCAAAUGGACACUUGUAACUCCGUUCAGACUCCCGUGGAUCCUAAUGUUCGACUUUCCCGUCUCCCCGACGACAAAUCCUUCCCCGAGAUCAAAGCUGUCUACCAGAAUAUGAUCGGAUCCCUCCUUUAUGCCGCUAUUACCACGCGGCCUGACAUUUCUUUCGCCGUGCAAACCCUCUCCCAGUUUAACACCAACCCCGGGCCUGAACAUCUCACCGCCGUCAAACGAGUCUUCCGCUAUCUGCGCGGAACUAUCAACCUUGGCAUUACAUACUACUCCGACCUUGCCUCUGCGCUCGAACUCUUUUCAGAUGCCGACUGGGGUAGCAACCCGGACAGCCGUCGAUCAAUCACCGGCUAUGUUGCCAUGUUCGCU